UCACCGUACAGCUCAGUUUCAACGGUGUUCUUGGACACGACAUCUGCUAUUGUUUCGUCAGGUGGGCGUCUUAAAGGAGUCGCUGUUUCGCCGGCAUCACCGGAUAAAAGUCGGAAACGCCAGGAAGCGGCCGGCACCAUCAUGCCUAAGAAUAAAGGUAAAGGAGGUAAAAACAGGCGUAGGGGUAAGAAUGAGAACGAAUCUGAGAAAAGAGAAUUAGUCUUUAAAGAGGAUGGACAAGAAUAUGCUCAGGUAAUCAAAAUGUUGGGAAAUGGACGAUUAGAAGCAGUGUGCUUUGAUGGUGUAAAGAGGUUAUGUCAUAUCAGAGGAAAACUGAGAAAAAAGGUUUGGAUAAAUACCUCAGACAUUAUAUUGGUUGGUCUUCGAGACUAUCAGGAUAACAAAGCUGAUGUAAUUUUAAAGUACAAUGCAGAUGAAGCUAGAAGUCUGAAGGCAUAUGGCGAGCUUCCAGAACAUGCUAAAAUCAAUGAAACAGAUACAUUUGGUCCUGGAGAUGAUGAUGAAAUCCAGUUUGAUGAUAUUGGAGAUGAUGAUGAAGAUAUUGAUGAUGUAAGUAGUAGAUAA